AUGGUACCUGGAAGAGAUGGAAAUUGCAAAAGAAGCAUUUCUAACCUGAGGCAGUUGAAUUUUCAUAGAGACUUGCACACAUCACAUACUAGGCUGGUCUAUUAUGAGCGGCCACCAAGACAAAAAAUAAUCAGAAACCAAAACUUCUUCCAGUAUAUGUGGUACCAGAUUCCGGAUUGGGCAAAACUUUGUGGUGGAGUGGCAAUUGGGGCUUAUCUCUUUGUGAAAAUUGCCGUUCCAUUGAUGAUAGUGGUUCUACCACCUCUUAUAAUUGGUGGAUGGAUGUACAAAAAGGUACGCACGUACUCAGAGGCCAAAAUGAGACAUGAGGAUUAUACAAUUCUACAGCAAUCUUCCCUCGUAUACACUCCACCAAGACGUGGAAGUUUCCUCGUUCCGCCACCUGAACAGAUUAAUAGCGAGAUUGCCAACUUUGAGAUUAACAGGAUUAUCGAUGCAUUUUGGUCAAACGAGGGGGGAAUUGCCGAUUACUUCAAGAUAGGGCCGAUCACAAACAUUGCACUUGGAUCCCUAGAGGCCAGUAGUUAUGAUAUUGAUGACUCUGAUUCCACACCUGUGCUUUAUGCGUCUCAACAACGGUCUUUGUACAAUAAGGCUUUAAACAGGAAGGUUGCCAGUUGCAUAUUUGGCUUGCGAACUGACCAGAUGCUCUUUCCAGACCAGAUGGUUGAUCCCACAGCAAACAUUGGACCUUCCACAUGCUUUAUUAGGAUUAAGCCGUACGAUUUUGGGGGCAAGGAGUUCAUAAUUGACACACCAUCCGAAUUCUCUGAUAAUGGUGAAUCGGGCGAUAACAACGACGAUAUCAUUGAUGUUAAGGGGAAAACGAGAGACUUGUGA